AAAAUGCGUAAAGUGGAACGUAAAAAUCGAUCAUUAAAACUUAUGGCAGGUGUCGCUUGAAUCGCCUAGAUUUUUCAGUCAUACUGGUGGGGCGAUAAGAAUAUUUCUCAAAAAGAAAUCACGUUUCCAAAGCACAAUGGCCAACUACCUGAUGCGCCGUGCGCUGUUAGACGCAGUGCGAAUCCCCGCCUGUGCCAGGGCUGUCGCCUCUUCUGGAGUCAGUGAACUCGGCAAGAUCGGCAACCGCGAGUGGGUAGGCUACGGCUUCAACGGCCAGCCCAACUACGUAGACCGCGCCGAGUUCCCCCUCCCAGCCGUGAGGUUCCGCCCUGAAACCCCCGAUGUCAAGGCUCUCCGUGAGAAGGAGAAGGGAGACUGGCGCAAGCUGACCCUCGAGGAGAAGAAAGCGCUGUACCGCGUUUCCUUCUGCCAGACUUUUGCUGAGUUCCAGGCGCCCACGGGCGAGUGGAAGGGUGUUCUUGGAUGGGGUCUGUUUAUUGCAUCCUUCUCCGUCUGGAUCUAUAUGGCCAUGAAGCUGUUCGUGUACAGCCCGCUCCCCGAAUCCCUGAAGGAGGAGAACCAGAAGGCGCAGCUGAGGCGCAUGCUCGACCUCAAGGUCAACCCCGUGGACGGUCUCGCCUCCAAGUGGGACUACGAGAACAACCGCUGGAAGUAAACUUUCUGACGUACAAAUGGUGCUUGGCUGGUGUUGGAGGGUCUCUGGCACGGCGCUUAGUGUAGAUCCAAUGUUACUAUUGUAAGCGAGAUGUCUGUAAGAUAAUAAAUGUGAUACACAAAACUAA